GAGUUAUACAUCCAAUCCAAACUUGUACCUUCGGUUGCUGUUAACUUUGCCUGUGGAAUUUGUUGACAGAGAAACUCAAUCCGGAGAGAGAGAGAGAGAGAGAGAGAGAGAGAAGGAGAUAUAGAGAGAGAGGGGGGGGAGGGAGUGUCCCUAAAGCAAGAAGAAGAGGACAGGCCCAAGCCCAGAAGGGAUCCUCUCUUCCUCUCCUGCGUGGAACGGAAUCAGAAUUUGAUUUGAAAUCGAAAUUGAAAUUGAAAUCGUCUAAUUCUGGUAUUGGAUCGGGGGAUUUGAAUACCCGAAUUGGAAAUUGAUUUUGAAUUCGUUUGUGGUUGGGUUGAUUGGAGAUGGAGGCGAAGUCGGCGAAUGGGGGUAUUGUGAAUGGAGGGAAGUUGGGGAAGUUUCCGUUGACGGCGUGGGAGGUGACGGUGGCGAGCGCCGUCGUGUUUGGGUUCCUGGCGGGGCUGGUCGGGGUGUAUCUGACGAUGCCUGCGUCGGAUUACAGCUUCCUCAAGCUUCCGCGUUCGCUCCAGGAUCUUCAAAUCCUUAGGGACAACCUCGAGAGCUACACGAGCGACUACACAGUACAGGUUCUCUUCGGAUACUGUCUGGUCUACAUCUUUAUGCAGACAUUUAUGAUCCCGGGAACUGUCUUCAUGUCCUUACUAGCCGGAGCCCUUUUCGGGGUCAUCAAAGGCGUGGCUCUUGUCGUGUUCACAGCUACAGCUGGCGCGUCCUCUUGCUUCUUCUUGUCCAAAUUAAUAGGUCGACCUCUUGUCUUCUCUCUAUGGCCCGACAAGUUGAGCUUCUUUCAGGACCAGGUUGCUAAGAGACGCUCCCGGCUGCUAAAUUACAUGCUUUUCUUGAGAGUGACUCCAACGCUGCCAAAUACAUUCAUAAACGUCGCGUCGCCAAUUGUCGAUAUUCCCUACCACAUUUUCUUAUUAGCUACCGUCAUCGGGCUCAUCCCCGCUACUUUCGUUACCGUCAAGGCCGGAAUAGCUCUCGGCGAUCUACAAUCCGUCAAGGAUCUAUACGACUUCCAGUCCAUGGCCACUCUGUUUCUCAUUGGCAUUGCGUCAGUUACUCCGACAUUGCUUGGCAACAAGAACGAGUCGUGAUUGAAUGAUCGAUUAACAAUGCCUUUCUCUCAACCAGCUUUGCGCCGUCAUUUCCCCGCGAACGUUGGCUGCGACUGAUGCCUACUACAACCUGUAAACAACCUCGAACUUACGAUGCUGUGGCUACAAACACAUGGUUUGUCCUCGAGUAUCGCUGGGAAUGGAAAUCUACAUUAACUUAUCACAAGCUGGAUGUAAAUUUUUCUUUAUGCUUUUUGAUUGCCAUUUUGGUUCGCCAUUUUAGUUCCAUUGAAACAGUCUUAUGUUCUUUAUUGCCAUUUUGGUUCGCCAUUUUAGUUCCAUUGAAACAGUCUUAUGUUCCUUAUAUAUAUAUAUACAUACGCAAAAUUUAACUUCA